CCGCUGUGGUUUUCUUCAAGAUGGCGAGGCUGCAGCAGUUGAGGCAGUAUGGCGGCGCAUGGAGAAUACAGUAAUUUUGAAAGGUAGUCAGGUGCCCUAAUAAGAAGACAGCCGUCUCAUUUUUAUUGCUUCCAGAAGAUUCAAGUGGAGGAUGAUCAGUGCCUAGAUCCCAUAUUAAGCUGAAUGCAUUGUGAUUUCCAAUAAUUGAGACAGUGAUUCUGAAAGCUGUCUACAUUAAUGAAAAGAACAAUGUAGUCAGCUUAGCAUUUUCACCUCUGGUACGUGGUCUAUAAAGGGAUGUGCUUCUGCAUGCUGCAUUCUGGGUUCAGAUAGGUGUCUUAAAACAGGUCAGAUUUUUAGAGUAAAUUAUCAGUGCGUAUAAGCUGUAGUUCGUUAUUCAGUUGAAAAUGGAGGUAGACGAUGUGCUACCCCCUCUCCCCUUGGAUCCACCUGGUUAUUUUGACCAAGAUGAGGGCAUAGCACCUCCACCACCUCCCCUGCAAACGUCCAGUGACGCAGAGGUAAUGGACGUUAGCUCUGGUGGUGAUGGACACACACACACCCCAGGGGAAGGGGAAGCCAUGGCACAGCAGUCCCUCGCUAAGGGCUCAAUAACUUUCUGUAGCCACCUCUCAGAUGAGGCUAAUCCCAACCCUCAGUGUCCCAGAACAGCCCGCCACGCACCCGCAGUCACAGGGUUCCUUCCAGACCUCAAGCUGCUCAGAGAUGUUAAGAUCCGUGUGAGCUUCACCGAAACCAGCAGCAGCAGCAGCAGCAGCAACAGCAAAGACAGGAAGGUGUUGUUCACAGGCGAAGGGCAGGAGGCAGGAAGUGACGAUGGUUUAGACAGCAUGAAUGGUGAGUUGCAUGACUCAGGUGAAGGUAGCUCUGGAGCUGGAAACACAGCAGGCAGGAGAUCAGAGGAGUCCGAGGUAGACAUGGAGAACAAGGUAGAGUUUGCCGUCCUGGAUGAGCUGGACGACUACUACGAGAACUUCCUGGAUCACGACGAUACGGAUCACGAUGGCUUUAAGUCUGAUGUCAUAUUGCAGCAGGAGCAAGCGGACGAGGAGGCCGUGACUUUCUCCUAUGGGGAGGAGUUUGACAACGAUGUGGACGCUCUGCUGGGAGGCAUGCCUGUCCCUAAAAAGAUGCGUCCGUCCGAGGACAAAUACGGCGGAGACAGUGAUCAUCCGUCAGACGGGGAAGGAGGGGUUCAGCCCAUGAUGACCAAAAUUAAGACUGUCCUGAAGAGUCGAGGGCGCCCCCCCACUGAGCCUCUCCCUGACGGCUGGAUCAUGACAUUCCAUAACUCGGGCAUUCCCGUCUACCUGCACAGAGAGACCAGGGUUGUGACCUGGUCCAGACCGUACUUCCUUGGCACCGGCAGUAUUAGGAAACACGACCCUCCCACCAGCAGCAUCCCUUGCCUUCACUACAAGAAGAUCAAGGCUGUGGAGGAGAAGGAGCUGAAUGGGGAGGUGACCCAUAAAGCAGAGGAGUUUCCUGUCAAACCAAUGGACGAGACCAAUGGUGAAGAGAAGGCCGGUCCGUCUGACGCUCCAGCCGAGGAGCAGGACGGUAUCCCUCCCUCCAUCGUGACCGACGAGGUCCCGGAUGGAGAAAGUACCCCCAAUAAGAGCCUGGAGUGUAAAAAGCCCUACGCAUUUGACACUGCACAGGGAGCAUUAGGACAAGUGAAGGCCAAAGUGGAGGUGUGCAAGGACGAGUCCAUAGACCUGGAAGAGUUCCGCCUGUACCUGGAGAAAUGCUUCGACUUCGAACAGGUCACUGUGAAGAAGUUUCGCACCUGGGCCGAGCGCAGGCAGUUCAACAGAGACGCCAAGAGGAAGCAGGCCGAGUGCGAGAGGCCCAUCCUGCCCGCCAACCAGAAGCUCAUCACACUGUCAGUGCAAGAUGCUCCCACUAAGAAAGAAUUCGUCAUCAACCCGAACGGGAAGUCUGAAGUUUGCAUCUUGCAUGAAUAUAUGCAACGUGUCCUAAAGGUUCGACCUGUUUACAACUUUUUUGAAUGUGAGAACCCAAGUGAACCCUUCGGAGCGUCGGUCAUUAUAGACGGAGUGACGUACGGCACAGGAACAGCAAGUAGUAAAAAACUUGCCAAAAAUAAAGCUGCUCGAGCCACACUGGAAAUCCUCAUCCCUGACUUUGUGAAGCAGACCUCGGAGGAGAAGCCCGUUGAGGGCGACGAACUGGAGUAUUUUAAUCAUAUCAGUAGAGACACGCGAGUGUACGAGCUGACCAACAAAGCAGGACUACUUUCGCCAUAUCAGAUUCUUCACGAGUGCCUUAAAAGAAACCAUGGGAUGGGAGACACCAGCAUUAAGUUUGAGGUGAUACCCGGGAAAAACCAGAAGAGUGAAUAUGUGAUGACGUGUGGGAAGCACACCGUGCGCGGGUGGUGCAAGAACAAGAGGGUCGGUAAACAGCUGGCAUCUCAGAAGAUCUUACAGAUGCUUCAUCCCCACGUCAAGAACUGGGGCUCCCUGCUGCGCAUGUACGGCCGAGAGAGCAACAAGAUGGUAAAGAAGGAGAGCUCGGACAAGAGUGUGAUCGAGCUCCAGCAGUUUGCCAAAAAGAACAAGCCAAACCUUCAUAUCCUGAACAAACUGCAAGAAGAGAUGAGGAAGCUCGCCACGCAGAGGGAAGAAACUCGGAAGAAACCCAAGAUGACCAUUAAUGAGUCAGCCCAGCCGGGGAGCGAGCCCCUCUGCACUGUGGACGUUUGAAAUCCCUGCUGAAGCACUGAAACCCCGUCACUGUCUACCACCACCCAUCACUGAAUUAUGCAUCACACACACCUGAUGGCAAUGUAGUUCCACAUGGACCGGGCCAGUAGAAACGCUUGCUUCCUCCAGCUGGUAGAUGUGCGCUAACAGACAGUAGAGAAAUAUCACCUACCUCUCGAUGCAAACUAGCUAUAUGGCACUUAAGAAAACACCCCUAGCUGCAGACUUGAUAACAUACACACAUCCAAUUAAAAAUGCAUGCUUCCGACCGCAGACUCCACCUUGGUUUUAUUUUGAAGUGUUGUUUUUAACACCUUGCAGCUAUUAGUUUUGUGCUUAACGUAUUUGAAAAGGACUACUAAUACUUGUAUUGUUUUAACUGGGAAACAAACUAGUUUAUUGGAUAUUUUUUGGGGUGGAAACAAAAAAAAAAGCUGUUUUUUGUUUUUCCUCCGAACGGACACUUGCCGUCUUGGUUUGCACGAUUUGAAAAACAUGCGUUGUGAACUGACGACUAUUGUUAUGCACUUGUGUCAUGUCUCGACUGAUCGUGCUUAUGGUACAGGAAUAACAGUGGGGAAACGUGUUGCCUUGUUGACCCUUUGCUUUGGAAGAAACGUCCUACCCUCAUCACAGAAAAUAUUUAGGGGCGAAGGAUCAUUUCCGUUAUGCUCUCAGAGUACUAAUGCCACACACACCAUUUCAUUAGCUUAUUUGAGUUGCCUUAGUUAAUCCAUUUCAUGAAGGGCUCAGAGUAUAAUGGACCUAAAACACCCUUCAACAGGAAGUGGAAAGACCAAGCUCUCUGUACUUGAUUUUAGUAUUUGAGUGAAGACCGCCUGUAAAAAAACAGCCUCCAGCAUGUGCAUAUUAGUAAGACUGGUGUUAUGUUUGCUUUCCAUCAUUGGUGUAGUGAUUAUAUUUUCAAACCACAUGGUAGAAUACACUUUUCAAAAGAGAGCAGCCUUGCAAACUUACAGGAACAAAACACAAGCUGGUGUGUGUAAACCAAAGCUUACAUACAGUCUUAUGCAUUUUAUAGAGUCCUUAUGUUACUGCAAACUACAGGACAAUACAGACCUGCUGGAACACACUAGAAACUGCUUUGCGUUCAUUGUCAAGUAUUUGGCCUGUUUCGUUUUUUUACAAAGUAAUCAUGGCUACAUCCCAGUUUAAAACAGGCUGUUGUGAUAUUGUAGGUUUUAAGAAUGUGCUUUCCGUUCUGUGUGUCUGUCUUGCCGCGCGUGUCAGUGUGAGAAGAAAAAAAAUCAAGCUUUUCCAUGUGUUUGAGAUGUUGCUGCCUAGAAAAUGAAGUACGUAUUGCAACCUGAGCUCCAUGACUUCAGUGGUGUUUGUUAUGCAAAAUAAAAUGUCUUGACUAAUGA